AUCACGUCCUGUGAUUAGGUGACGUUUACCCAGGUGUGCGUCAGUCGUCAAUAGUUUCGAACAAAUUUCUACGUCGUAAACUGCAACCCAUUUACUUUAAUAUCGUUCCUUUGUUGAUUUUUAAUGAUAAACCACCACAAUGUUAACGUCGCACAUCGCCACGGUGCUCCGGCAAGCAGUAGUAACGUUCGCCAACAAAGAAAUGUUUUAUCAAAACUUGGAAAUUCUGAAAGCCCUUUUGGACAAAACGACUGGGGAAGACGUGAAUCUGCACCCUCAGUUCAUGACCGAAGAUUUGUGGCAACGCCCGAACAAAGCCCCGGUGACAUACGUGGACAUUUAUGAAGACUACAAUCUCACAAUAGGUAUAUUUAUUUUGAAGCCAAAUAUGAAGCUACCUCUACACAACCACCCCCAAAUGCACGGUUUGAUUAAAGUCGUCGGGGGAAAAAUCAAAGUCACCAGUUAUUCGUUAAACACGGAAAAGACGCAGCAGUUGGACAAUAAGAAUGCGGCGGUUGUUACUAAAUUUAUCACUGCUGAGCGCAGCGUUGAGACUGUGCUGGAGACGCAUAGUGAGUGUUGUUUGCUUGAACCGGAAGUAAGGAAUUUACAUGAAAUUGAGAGUGUUGGAGGACCUGCUGCGUUUAUUGAUAUUCUGGCGCCUCCGUAUGAAACGGCGACUCCAGGAGGGAACGUCCGGAAGUGUAGUUACUACAGGGUGUUGAGAGAGAUCGCCCCCAGUGUGUUCAGGUUGCAGGAAAUCUCGUCGCCGUCGUGGUACUGGACUGAUUCAUUCCCAUACACUGGGCCUGACCUGUCUUAGCCAAAGUAUUUUUUGUACUUAUGUUUAGUUACAUAGUUUUUGUUAUCUA